GGCCAAGAUGGCGUCGGUGGAGGGCGACGCCGGAGCCAAGAAAUUGGACAAAUUAAGAGUGGUAGACAUCAAAUCUGAGCUUAGCAAAAGGGAUUUAGAUGUGAAAGGUGUCAAAUCAGUUCUGGUCGACAGACUUAAGAAGGCUUUGCAAGAUGAAGGAAUCAAUCCAGAUGAAUAUUCUUUCAACAUUGAUGAAAAGACAUCACGGAAGUCUAGGGGCAAAUCAGAAGACAAUGCUGAAGGAGAAGAAGCAGAAGACAAGUGCAUGGAUACCAGCCAGGAGAUAGGUGAUGAGUCCGAGAGUGCGGCGGCCGCCGAGCAGCAGGAGGAGAUGGACACCGACGCCGAGCCGCCGGCAGCGCAGCCAGCCGAUGUAGCCGCUGCCGAUCAGCCGGCAGCUGCGGCUGCCGCCGAUCAGCCAGCUGCAGAGCUGGAGAAGCCGGCAGAGGCAGCUGCUGCUGACCGGCCAAAUGCAGGAGCAGAGCAGUCGGCAGAGCCGGGGCCGGAGCCGGCCGAAGCCAAGGCUGAUGCUGCUAAUGCGACCACAAAGGAGGAGACUGAUGAACAAGAGGGAGAUUCACUGAAUAUAACCCUGGAUGAAGAUGACCAGAAUCUUUUCAAAGACCAGGAUGACAAUGGUGCCGGCUUUGUUGGCAAAGUGGCGGGAGACGCCUCGUCGCCGCCGCGACCCGAGUCGGUGCCCGUGCUGCGUCCGUUCACCGUACAGGACACCAUACAGAUGGCCACCGUCUCGGCCAGGCGGAGGAAGGCUGAUGACACCUCUAUGAUUGUUAAUAUAGAUGCCAUGAGCGAGCGAACAGAUCCUGACCUGGUGGUCAACGGCACCGGCGACGUCGACGCAUCGACCGGCAAGUCGGAAGCCAAGUCGACGGGCGCCGCGGCCACCGCCUCCCCCAACUCCUCCGCCUCGACCGCCGCCGCCUCGACCGCCGCCGCCAGCGCCGCCGACGCCGGCCAGAGCAGCGAGCCCGGCGCCGCCGCUGCCGCCGCACCCGCCUCCGCCGACGCCGCCGGCGCCGCCACGGACGACGGCGCCGACGCCAAGAAGGACGACCAGACGGGCGACGACGCACCCGCCGACGGCGAGAAGGCGUCGGACGAGGCCAAGCCGACGACGGCGGAGGGCGGCGAGGGCAAAACAGAAGACGGAGACAGCAAGCCGGCCGGCGACGCGGAGAAGAAGGCUGCCGACGAUAAAGAGAAAAACAAGGCGAACCGUAACCUGUGGGUGAGUGGCCUGUCGUCCAUGACGCGGGCCACCGACCUGAAGACGGCCUUCUCCAAGUACGGCAAGGUGAUCGGCGCCAAGAUCGUGACGAACGCGCGCACGCCCGGCGCCCGCUGCUACGGUUACAUCACGAUGGCCACCACCGAGGACGCCACAAAGUGUAUCGGCAACCUGCACAAGACGGAGCUGCACGGCCGGAUCAUCAGCGUCGAGCGCGCCAAGAGCGACAGCAGCGUGCCGGACCGGCGGGCCGGGGACGAGCGGGACGACCGGCACCGCGACCACCGGCGUACCGACUACCGGCGCCGCUCGGACGACACACGCCGCCGUGAUGAGCGGCCGCGUCGCGAACCGGCGCCGCGUCGCGACGACGCCCGGCCCGCCGCCGAGCCGGCCGCCGACGCCGGGCGCGUCCGCUAA